UGUCGGAAGACUUCCGCUCAACGGACCGCUCACUUUAUUAAAUCAAAGGGGGGGGGGGGCUCGUCUUCAAAGAGAGGAGAAAUUGUGCAUGUUGCUGUUUACAUUCGGACGAAACAUAUUUGUGAUUUUAAAACAUAAUACUAUAUUACAUUGACAAAUAAACUCAACAAUGCUCUCGUUGGGGAUGGAGCGCUGCACUCACAUGUUCCAAUUCUCUGGGAUAAAAAAUUGUGACCAGAAGAGAGCUUUGAUCCAGGGAAUAUAUCAUUUGAGUGGAAAAUAUAUUGGAGGUUCUGUUUACCAGACCGCUUGCACCCAUUUAAUAAUUCCUCACGUCUUGGCCAGUGAGAAAUUUUUGGCUUCUUGUGCUGCAGGAAAGUGGGUUGUGACUCCAGACUAUGUUCUGGACAGUGUUAGGAAUGGUUCCUGGCUCCCAGAGGGACUCUAUGAGGUGGCCAUUCCCAGAGGUACUAUGUCUGCCUUCUAUCCCGCCAGACACUGGAGGAAGAAUGUGACCAGUGGGGCAAUAACAGGGGCCUUCCAAGGCUGGAAGGUUCUUCUCAUGGUCCAAGAUGCUUCCCGUUCAAUCAUGUUCAAACGGGUCCUGGAAGCUGGUACCGCCAUAGUAUACAGCUAUCCUCCGCCCUCUCACACCGCCAUCACUCACGUCAUAGUCAAGCCCAUUACACAGGACGCAAGCUCCCACAAUGGUCCUUGCUUCCCUGUGACCCACAUCAUCCAGUACCUCUUUGGGAGAAAUUGUGUUGACAUGAAGUUCAACGUAACAGAUGAUAUUAAUGAAGCGAAGGAGGCCAGUGUUGUGGAUGUUGACUUUUCUAAACUGGAGGGACACCUCAGAGACCACGUCAUUGAACAGGAGGACCGACCAAGACUGCUCUUCCUUGAAUUUCUGAGUUACCACGACCCACAUCAUCCUCUGUCACAGGUAAUUGAAACGGACUUCGGCAACAUUGGCACCAUGAUAGAAUGUGGCCUCUUCAUCGAAGCCUUGGACACAAUCCGAAGUGCAGUGUUCCCUGGGAUUCUGCCACCAGCACCAUACCUGGUGGCUCUCAUUGAGUAUGCACAGCAGGGUAGUGCGACAACUCUCUUCCUGAGGACAUUCCAACAAAUAAUGCAUAGGUUGCUGGUUGCCAACCCUCCUUGGCUGGCUCCUGCGAACGUGAAGAAGUAUUAUAGUCGGGUGUUGCAGUGCCCUCACUGCAAGAUGGGCCAGUGGCCUUUUCUGGAGACAGCCAUAAGUUACUGCCUGUCAAGUGAGGCCACUUGUCACCAGCUCCCUGGGCCGGCACUGCCAACUCUCUUAAACUUCUACAAUGAUGUCCUGGCAUUUUUUCUCAAGCUCUUCCAAGGGGAACUCUACUCCAUCACUGGAGGGGAUUUCAUGCAGCUUCCAGAAACGGGAGUCUAUCAGGUAUCAAAAUCUGGUUCUUUGCUGUAUAGAACCUUCUGGACUGUGUGGGAACGCUCCACCCUGUUGUCUUGCGCUGUAAAAAAGCUUGUCCAGCUCAUGAUGCAGGCUGCCUCCGGGGACAAUGCUGAGAGCGACGAAGAGCCCAAAUGGCAUCUGUUGGCCAUCCUGCUGGACCUCCUGUCAGUGUUGGUAGAGUUUUGGUAUAGGCACCACUGCAAACUGAAUCACAAGCUUGUGGAAAAGGGCCUGAAAGACCUAGCAGACCACUUUGCCAUCAGCAGCCAAUAUCUGUCUUCAGUGGUCCUUGCAGAGAUGGUUGCCAGAAUUUCCUCAACCAGGCUUAAACUUGCAUUGGUGGAUGCGAUAUUCAGGAAUAUCUGUUGCACAAUUGGAAUUACACUGGCGGGAGAACCUCUGUCUCUCAAGAAAGUGAUGCUAUCCUACUUGCCUGCGCUCGGACGUUUAGCUCAGAGUCAGAGCUGGACACACCACACCACCAAAAGUUGCUCGAGCCUGGACACCAACUGCGGAACUCUGAGCUCAGUGGAGAAUGAAUCGAGGAAAGAAUGCAUCCCAAGAGGCCUCAACAAAGUUAAUGCAGCAGCUGCUUUCACCCACAUGUAUAAACUUGGUUUAUACGUAUCUUCCAUGUCGCCUUCAUGGAACCUCUAUGUCGUUGUCAAAGUAGCAGACAAGGGCGAAACCCUCCUCCACAGAGCAUGCAAAAGGAACCAAGUGGAAACUGUGAUUCAGAUUCUGGAGCGCCCUGGCAUCGAUGUCAAUGUUAAAGACCAUGUAGGAUGGACGCCUCUACACGAAGCAUGUAACUAUGGCAGCACUGCGUGCGUGGAGGCUUUGCUUCGUCACUGGCCCACCCCUCUCAUUAAUUAUGUGGUGGACGGAGUUAGCCCUCUGCAUGAUGCCCUGCUCAAUGGGCACAUGGAUAUCGCCAAAAUGCUUCUGGAGGCUGCAGGUUCUGAGCUCCUCCAGCAAGCAGACGAAAAAGGCCGCACCACAUUGGACCUCACCUCUGACACAAGUGAGAGGGCGGAGCUUAUCCACAGCGCACAAGUGGGCGACUCCAAGCUGAACUCUGCAAAGGUGUUGAACCACGCCCUCCUGGAAGCGGGGUCCUGUAUGCUAGUACACCUCCUCGUGUGCUACCAGCAGGAAAAAGGCCUGCCCGGCUCUACGCUUGCUAGCGACGUGGGGCACACGCUGGUACGGGGCCUGGAGGCACACUCCCUCCAAAGAGUGACACUUGGCUGGACGGACCAGCGUGCGGUGAGUCUUGCGGAUGACACCCACACGCUGCUGGAGCUGGCCAGAGGAAAACACUCGGGACAGGUUUGCGAGGCGGUGAAAGCGUAUGAAGGAGAGAAUACAGUGAUCCUCAUGGUGAUCCUGGGGAGUAUGCAAUCUAAAGGACAGACACUCUUAGCAGAAGUAAACAGAUAUUGAGAGAUAACGUACCUAGUCAUGUUAUCAAUCAAAUGAUAUUGAGAAGAUGCCUGGAGGCAUAUUUUUGCACUUUUUUUUACUUUUGUACCACAUAAGUUUGGAUUUUCAAAAAUAUUCAUCCACUUUUACUACCUCAAGCUAGUUUGUGUUAGUUAGUUUAUGCACAUGCAUCUGUGAGAUGUUUUUGUUAGUCUGUUAAUAAAAAUACAGUGGUUAUCUCAAUAUUGCAUCUAAACUUAAUGUGUUUACAGAACGGUUUAGUUCAGUAGCAAAUUCAAUGAGUAUUAUUAGGCAGAUUUAAUUAAAAAAAAUACUUCAGGUAGGAAAUUCCUGCCUAAUUUCUAUAUUCCUAAUAUUAUACAAUAUUGAAAUUUCAGGUUGUAAAUUGUGUUUUCUUUAGAAGUAAGCCGUAAUUAUCAUAGAAAAAUCUUGAAAUAUUUUACCGUGUGCUUUGAAUGAGUUUCACUAUUUGAAUUCAACUACUGAAAUAAAUUGUGUUCCAUUCCACAAUGUUCUUAUUUAUUGAGGUGCAGCUGUAAUACUGGCAUACACAAUUCCUUUAGGGACACAUACACGAUCUAAUUGGAACCAAUAGAAGAGCUAUGUUAAAAUUCUACUUUGAAAAUAAUAAAGGUCACUUUUAAUUGA